CGGAGUUGACGUCAAGCAGAGGCAGAGCCAGUGGAUGAAGUCAGCCCCGAGCAGAGUGCUGCAUGCUGGAGCGGGAUCGGUCUGCCUUCUCCUCUCCGUCCUCCGGAACAUGGACUACUAAUCUCCACCGAACACCCGUCCGAGCAGUUGAAAGUCACACGCCAUCAUGGGGAAGCAGAACAGUAAGCUACGUCCUGAGGUCAUGCAGGAUUUACUAGAAAGCACGGACUUUACGGAGCAUGAGAUCCAGGAGUGGUACAAAGGCUUCUUGAGAGACUGUCCCAGCGGGCAUUUAACAAUGGAGGAGUUUAAAAAAAUCUAUGGGAAUUUUUUCCCUUACGGGGACGCUUCCAAGUUUGCAGAACAUGUAUUCCGCACUUUCGAUGCUAAUGGCGAUGGGACAAUUGACUUUAGAGAAUUUAUUAUAGCGCUGAGUGUAACAUCCCGGGGGAAGCUGGAGCAGAAGCUGAAGUGGGCAUUCAGUAUGUAUGACCUGGAUGGCAAUGGUUAUAUCAGCAAAUCAGAGAUGCUGGAAAUAGUACAGGCAAUUUACAAGAUGGUCUCCUCGGUAAUGAAAAUGCCAGAAGACGAGUCAACGCCUGAGAAGAGAACGGAAAAAAUCUUCCGACAAAUGGACACCAAUCGUGAUGGAAAACUGUCGCUGGAGGAGUUUAUCAAGGGGGCAAAAAGCGACCCAUCCAUCGUCCGCCUACUUCAGUGUGACCCAAGCAGUGCCGGACAAUUCUGAACUUUAUUUUAUUUUUUAAAUAAAAUCUUUUUUUGCCAAAAUUAAAUUUGUUGUGGUGUUGAAACGUCACAGCCAAGUCACAGCCAAACCUACCUAUCUCCUUCUGUGGUAUCUUUAAGUUUGAAUGAUAAAGAAUGAUAAAUAUUGCGGCUGGACGUAUACUGUUCUAUAGCGCUUGGGUUCCCUUCACGCUUUUCUAUAUGGAAUAACAACAGAGACCUCCCUCAGACCUGAAUUUUUUUAUUUUUACAAAGCUGAUCAACAAAUUCGACAUGGCUGCGAUGAAGACUUAGUUUUAUUACUUUGUAGUUGCUUUAAUCAGAUUUGCUGUUGGAAAUGUGAGCAUUCACCUUGGUCAACUGAAGACUACUAAGAUUCACGUUGUGGUCAUGCUUGUGAGUUGCACCCCUGUUGUGCAGUUUUUUGGGGUUUUUUAGAUAAGUAUUACAAAAUGGGCUUGUCAACAUGUCCACAGUGGAGGCAGAGGCACUUUGUCUUGUGGACCACUGAUCAGCUGGGCGGUUUACCAGAAGCUGGUGUCAUCUUCCGGAAUUGGACAUGAUAUGAUGUCAUAAACUGAUAAUGCCCCAGGAAUGUUGUCAGUUCUUAAAGCUGAAUUUUUAACCAAACCGCUAAAUACGCAGUGGUUUUACCUGCCAGAAAUUGUUUUAUUUCUGUCCAUACAGUACUGCAUAAUUUUGUGUAUUUUAUUUCUACUUGGAGUUCAGCUUUAAUAAUUGAAUAGACUGAAAUUAUGAACAUCGUUCUUAUAUGGCUUAUAUAUCCAUGACUGCAAGUGAUAGAUCCGGCUUAAAAUAAUACAUACCGUACCUCCCAACUGUCCCCAUGUUGUGGAAUCGCAGUGGGAAUGCUUUUACCCACUUAAGAGGAGAUUUAGCAUGAUUUGAGGUGGUUGGUAGAUGGACGUAAUGUCCUUGUUUUUAAAGUUUUAAUGUUGGGAGGUAUAUAUACUGUAUUGUAAUUGCAAUAAGAAGAAAAUUGCAAGUGUUUCCAAAAAUAUGCAUGAAUUAUUAGAAAUAUUGGUGCAAAUUGCUGCAGUUUUGUGAAUCGGUUUCAUUUCAUGCAACCCCCCCCCUCACCUAUUGCUGUGCUAUGACUAAUUUGGAUGUGAGUGUUUUAUUGUUCAGUAAUCGGUUAUGUUAUAGCAUCAUGUUCAUUCUCAUUUAAUUUACAGAAAGGCCUCAUUAAAAAGAAUGCCACACCUAACAUCAUAUUCAUUCAUUUAAAUGGAGAUAAUCACUAAAUGGUCGUUUUGAGAAUUAAAUCUGUCCAUCUAUUGCCUACAAAUGGGCUUCUUUAAGAAAUCAAAUGGUGCACAGAUAAGUCAGAUGCCAGCCACUAUAAUCAACAACCCUUCUGAACCUUAAA